AUGAGUGAACAAGGUUCAGCUAAAAUAUCAGUGCAAAUAUUAAAACAAGCAAUUGCAAAUCUUUCAAGUUAUUCACAGUCAUUAAAACUUAAUAGUUUUAAUUAUUCAUUUAAUGAUAUAAUGCCAUCUGACAAACUUUCAUUAUAUAUUGAACUUGCUGACGCACAUAGAACUUUAGGAGAACAACAUGAAGCUACAAAGGUCUUGCAAGAUGCUUAUUUAACAUUUGCUGGUACUGUGGAAGUUGCACGAGUUACAAUAGCUAUGGCUAAUUUAGCUCUGGCACAAAAUGACCACGAGACAGCUCUGAAUACUUUAAGACAAAUUCAAGCUGACCAUCCAUACUAUAUAACUGCACGACAACAUAUGGCCAAUAUUUAUUUAUAUCAUAGAAAAGAAAAGAAGUUAUAUACUGCUUGUUACAGAGAAUUAGCUGAAAAAUUAGAAACAAAUGAAGCUUAUUUUCUGCUAGGUGAAGCCUAUAUGAAUAUUCAAGAACCUGAAAAUGCAAUUAAAAUUUAUGAAUCUAUUCUACGUAAAAAUCCUGAUGAUUUACGUUUAGCCAGUAAAAUUGGUCAUGUAUUUAUAAAAUUACAUCAUUAUGCUAAAGCUAUAUCUUAUUAUGAGACUGCAGUGAAAACUGGUCAAAAUGGUUUACGAUUAGAUUUAGCCGAUUUACUCAUCAAUAUGAAACAAUAUAAAAAGGCUAGACGUUUACUUCAUUCUAUGUUAACUAAUGAAAUUAUGGAAUCUGCCUCUGAUAUAAAUGAAUUACAAGAACUAUGUCAUGCAUUAAAAUUAUUAGUCAAAUUACAAACAAUUGAAGAUGAUAAACUUCAUGAACGAAUUGAUUCUUUAAAUAGUUUGAAGUCAAUUCAAGCAAGACUACUUAAGCGUAUACAAACUAGUGAAGUUGAAGAUGUGGUGAAUGAACAAAAGAUCAAUAUGUCAGAGGUUCUUCUACAAUUAGCAUCAGUCUAUUUCUUAAAUAUUCAAGCUCAAUACGGUGAUUAUUUUAAUCCGAAUCGUUUUAAAAAUGAUUCAAACAUUCAAACAAUGAAUGAUUCUAACAAUACAUUAAACAUUAAUUUAUCACAAUAUGUAACUAUAAUCAUAGAUCUAUGUGAAGAUGCUAUUAAAUAUGUAUCCACUAUUAUUGAUCUCAAAUUAUCAUCAUCUAUUCAACAAGGAAAUGAUCCAAAUUUAAAUAUUAAUAAUUCACUAUAUAAAAUUCAAUUGAAUCAUAUAAAAAUAUCAGCUAUAAAUAUUCAAGCUAAAUCUAUUGUUCAAUUAAUCAAUUUAUAUUUGUAUACAAUGGAUUAUGUAAAUUGUGAACAAGAAAUAUUGAAAUUAGCACAGUUACAGGAAAUAAUUGAAAUUGUUUACACUCAUGAAAAUAUGAAAAAUGUCAGUAGUGAUUUGAAUUCCGUCAAACUUACUUCUGUGUCAUUAAAAGAAGAACAGAAAAAACAAAAACAACAGCAACAACAAAAAAGUCAAAAUAUAAAUGAUUCAAUUUAUCUAUCAACUUAUAUACCGAAUAUACCAUUGUCUGCAAUAUUUAUGUCUAGACUGAUGAUAAUAAAAGGAGAUUUUGAAAUAGCAAAUAAACAUUUAGAAUAUGUAUUACAUAGAAAUCCAUGUCACUAUGAAGCUCUUUCAAGUUUGAUUGAUACUUAUAGAAGAUGUGGUUUAUUGUCACGUAUUCCAGAAUAUUUAGAAAAAGCUAAAUCAUAUGAUUCUCAAGCCGAAGCUUCAUGUGGUUUGAACUACUGUAAUGGAAUUUAUCAUUUUUACACAAGUGAGUUAUCUAUUGCUUUAAGUUAUUUCAAUCGAUGCCGAAAAGAUCCUGAAUACACAGAAAUGGCAAUAUAUCGAAUGGUUGAAAUAUGUAUUAAUCCAGAUAAUCAGUUAUUAGGUACUGAACCUUUUUUACAAACUAAUAGUAACAAUAAUAAAAAUUCAAAUAAUACAAAUGAUUUUAACUAUGGUGAUGAGUUAACAAGAAACUGUAAUAUUGGUUAUGAAACAGCUGAACAAUUACUAAAGGAAUUGAAAUUGAUUAAAUUAAAAAGACGAUAUCGUUUUAUUUCAGCCCUAUUAUUAUUAACAACAAAAACGAAAGAACAUUUAGAAUCUGCUUUAGAAACAUUUGCUGAAAUGUCACAUAAAGAUCCAGAUAGCGUGGCCCCUAUUUAUGGUGCAGCGGUUUGUUAUAUACAAUUAAAACAAUGUCAGAAAGCCAGAAAUCAAUUGAAGCGAUUAGCAAAAGUAUCUUGGAAUUUUCAAGAUGCUGAAGAAUUAGAAAAAUCAUGGUUACUUUUGGUUGAUAUGUAUAUACAAAGUGUAAACUUGAAGCUUUCAUGCAUCAAAGCUUAUGAAUAUUUCGGUUUAAUUAUGGAAAAAGAACAAAACUUCCUUGAAGCUGCAAAAUAUUAUGAAUAUAUUUGGAAUAAUUUAAAUCAUCAAAAUCCUGUAAUUGGUUAUAAACUGGCUUACACUUAUUUAAAAAAUAAAAAUUAUUUAGGAGCAAUUGAAGUUUCCCUACAAGUUUUAUCAGUUUAUCCAAAUUAUCCGAAAAUUCAAAAAGAGAUCUUGGAUAAAGCAAGACUUAAUUUACGUGUUUAA